GAUAUUUGCUAGAUUCCUCCAAUUUUUAUCCCGUCGUCUUCCUUGUCAGUCUCCCUUCCCCAAACACCAACUCCUUAGAAUAGAAAUCAAAACUAAAACUAAACCCUACCAAGUAAAACAAAACCCCAAAGUAUGCUGAGAGCUUCUUGUAAUCUACCAUCAAUAGCUUCCCCAGCUAUCAGCAUAUGCGCUGUUAGACUCUCUCUCUUUCCAAUCUUUAAUCUCACACCUUCAUCUUCGGCCAGGAGAAUCGCCACCGCAUUUGCUCCAUCAUCUGCCCUUGUAUCCCAAACCCUUAAUUAUUCGACAUCUUCUCUAACUUUGAAAAGGGUUCUGCGCAUGAUGGAUCAUCCAGCUCCCAGAGCAUCAGCAUCAUAUAGCACUGGGAGUAAUGAUGUUGGUAGAGAAGUAUUGGUGCAGCACUUGCUUGUUAAAGAGGAGGAUCAAAACAUUUUGUAUGAGCUGCAGAAAAGAGUUAUACGAGGGGAGGAUUUAAGUGACUUGGCAGUUGAAUAUUCAAUUUGUCCAUCAAAGGAAGAAGGUGGUAUGCUUGGUUGGGUUAGAAAGGGACAAAUGGUGCCUGAGUUUGAGGAAGCUGCAUUUAAUGCUCCAUUAAACAAAGUGGUUAAAUGUAAAACUCAAUUUGGAUGGCAUUUAUUGCAAGUUUUAUCAGAGAGGGAAGAAUCUGUACUUGUAGACAUUCAACCUGAAGAUUUUCAUGUAAAAUUGCAAGAUCCUGAUUUCCUUGAAGAUGCUCAAUGUAUUGAUGUUCGAGAACCACAUGAAGUGGAGAGAGCCUCUUUAUCAGGAUUUCAAGUUCUUCCACUUCAGCAGUUUGGGACGUGGGGCCCAGAAAUCACCACAAAGUUAGAUCCUCAAAAGGAUACUUAUGUUCUGUGUCAUCAUGGAAUGCGCUCAUUGCAAGUUGCCAAAUGGUUGCAAACACAGGGGUUUAGAAAAAUAUACAACAUUGCGGGUGGAAUCCAUGCAUAUGCACUCAAGGUUGAUCAAUCAAUUCCCACAUAUUGAGCACCAAGUUGUUGCUCACUCAUUAUUUGCAGUUUUUUUUUUUUUUUUUUUUAAUUAUUUAUUGCUCACUCAUUUGUAGCAAAGUGAGGAAUCUUGAUAUUAAUCAAAUUGAACUACAAUGUGACUAAUCAAAAACAAUUUUGAAUUCUAUCGCGUAUUUUUCUAAAGAAAAUAAAAGGAAAGGAAAUCACUUGAUGCA